UUCGCCAUUGGAGCGAAGGAGGGGUCGGAGCAACCAGUAAGGACAAUACAGAAACAAUAUUAACUGAAUUGUCCGCGCUUUCAUCCAUUCUUGUCUUUUCCGUCUGCGAAAGCCACACGCCCCCGUUGUCGUCGUCGUCGUCGUCGUCAUCAUCAAAUCAUCAGAAGCUUCUUCAUGUUUUGGUCGCCUUUAACUUAAAGCUAUCACUAAUCAGAUCUCCAAUCUUCUUUCUCUAUUUAUUGCUUUUUUUCCCCUAAGUUUUUGGGCAUGCUCGCCUCCAAUUCUGGUUCUGUGCUCCCAACUAAACCCCCUUUACUCCCUCGCAACCCGUGCCUGUCUCGCUUCGGCGCUACUUUCUUCGAUCGACGUGUUCGAUCCAGACCCUGCGUCGCUGCUACGCAUAAGCAGUCCCUCAAUUUGAUCAGAAUGGAAGUGGUCCGGCGAUUAGGCGGAGGUUGCUUCAAGAACCCCAACGAUAAGGGUUUAAAGGUGGAGGCUGAUAGUGGUGGGGAGGAUUUCUUUGAUGUCUCCACUGGCGUGUCUAAGCCAGUCUCCGAGCACCUUGUAAUUAUGGUUAAUGGGAUAAUCGGGAGUCCUGCAGAUUGGCGAUAUGCUGCAGAGCAGUUUGUGAAGAAGCUUCCAGAUAAAGUUAUUGUUCACCGCAGUGAAUGCAACUCUUCAAGAUUGACAUUUGACGGUGUUGACACAAUGGGUGAGAGGCUAGCUGAAGAGGUACAGUCUGUUGUUAGACGUUGGCCAGAGGUGCAAAAGAUCUCCUUUGUGGCACAUUCUUUGGGAGGUUUGGUGGCAAGAUAUGCUAUUGGGAGACUUUAUGACUACUCUUCAACAUUGAGGCCAGUUGGUGCCAAUGCAACCAGAGAUGAUUUUGGUAAAGAGAAGACAGAAUAUUCAAAGCAAAGCCUUGAACAAUGUUACAAAGCCACAAUUGCUGGUUUGGAGCCAAUGAACUUUAUAACAUUUGCAACACCACAUCUUGGUUCAAGAGGACAUAGACAGCUUCCCUUUCUUUGUGGUCUUCCUUUCCUUGAGAGAAGAGCAUCCCAAACUGCACAUAUAGUUGCAGGGAGAUCCGGGAAGCAUCUCUUCCUUAUGGAUAAUGAUGAUGGACAGCCUCCUCUUCUCCUGCGUAUGGCUGGUGAUUCUGACGACUUAAAGUUCAUAUCAGCUUUACGUGCAUUUAAGCGUCGAGUGGCAUAUGCAAAUGCAAAUUAUGAUCAUAUGGUUGGAUGGCGUACAUCAUCUAUUCGGCGUCAACAUGAACUUCCAAAGGCCAAUCUACUUGUAGUUGAUGAGAAGUAUCCUCAUAUUGUAUAUAUUGAAGGGGAAACUGCCAAAGAUGACCAGAGUCACAAUAAAGCAUCUUCUGCUAUCAGUGACCAAGCAAUUGAAUUGGAAGAGGAGAUGAUAAGGGGUCUCACUCAAGUACCAUGGGAGCGUGUGGAUGUUAGCUUCCAAAAGAGUACACAGCGUUAUAUAGCUCACAGUACAAUCCAGGUGAAAACCUACUGGAUGAAUUCAGAUGGUGCUGAUGUCGUUUUUCAUAUGAUAGAUAAUUUCCUCCUUUAGUUCAUGACAAGUUUGCUGUCCAUAAAUCUGUGAUCUGAAAAUCGGGUGGAUGUAUUUAAUUAGUUUUCCCUCGUGUUGGUCUGCUUUGUAGCAGGUGAAGAUGAUUUGUUGUAUACCAGAUCGUGCUUGUUAAUACCUCAAAGCCUCAUCUGAUUGUACCUUUAUGUGCAUUAGUUGUCAUUCCACGUCAUUGAACUUGUACAUGGAAAAGCUGUCAUGAAAUCCUUUUCAUUCUAUGCUUUUCUUUUUUACAUAUUCUACUUUGAUUCUUA